UCUCUUCGCCUACCCCCGGUGCCGAAGAGCCACUCGCCCUGCUCCCCAUGGCUGGGAAUGCAACGCUGCAGGUCCCUCCCAGCAACUUUGAAUCCCCACUGAUGUAUGAAGUUUCAGAGCACCAAAGCAGCGGCACAGAUAGUUCAGGAAGUAGUCUUGGAAGCUCAGUCACAGCAUGUAAGAAGGUCCUCUGCAGAAACAGCCUGCUAGAAUCAACAGACUACUGGUUCCAGAAUCAGAGGACACCAUGCCAAAUUGGCAUCGUGGAGGACAAGCUGGAAAAGAACUAUGCCUCAGUUUGCUUUGUUAAUCUGGAUGUAUGCAAAGAUGAUUGCAAUGACGAACUCAUGAAACAGAGAUUGAUCGGUAUCUCUCCAAAUCUCCCAAAGCUUAUCAGCUCUAUGAAUGUACAGCCUCCAAAAGAGAACGAAAUCAUCUUGCUGAGUGGAUUAACUUCAGGGGACCUUCAGGCUGAUGUUGAAGUACCACAGUGUUCUUGGCUGGCAGAUGUCUGUGUGGUUCAGUGUGCAAGAGGAAACAGCAAGAACAGCACAAACUGCAUCAUAUUUGAAAUAAACAAGUUUCUGAUUGGGCUGGAGCUUGUGCAGGAGAAGCAGCUGCACAUUGUGGCCAGCAUCUUAAAGCCUGAGGACGAUACUAACUGCUCAGUGUCCUCAAUAGAGGAAGAUUUUCUUACCGCAUCAGAACACUUUGAAGACGAGAAUGAGGCAGAUGAAUAUAAAAAUGGUCAGGAAAAACUGAAUGUCACAGAAUCCACAGCAGAGUUCAAAAAGUACAGAGGGAAAGAUCUUGAAAAUUUACAUUGCAAAAAGCCCAGGUUUGCAUUUGCUCUGGAAACCAAUAGUAUUAACAAAGGCAGCACAGCUCCUGCUAGAAUUUCAAGCUCAUCUGAAGAUGACUUGAAUGGUGAGUGUGAAGACAGUGUUUUGCAAACUGUGGAUAAACCCAAUAAGCACUGGAAGGCUGAUAUAGCUGGAAAAUCUAAACCAUCCUCUAAUAUUGAUGAUCUGGAAGAUUCUUCUAGAGGUGAUACAGACAAUUCUGAUGCAUCAGAAGAUUUGUCAUUGGCCAUAACAGCUAAGGAGGAAACUAUUUCUUUGUAUAAUGCAACAGCAGAACAAAAGUGUCAUUUAGAGACCUCAGAUUGUAGAGAUGAAAGCACAGGUAAUCCUCCCAUGCAAAAUGAACAAGGCACAGCAGGUCAAUUUGCUACAAAUUUGGCAGAGUCGGUCCUGCAAGAUGUGUUCAUCAGAUUGUCUCAGUCUAAUUUUACCAAAGAGGCUGCCAUCAGCAUCUCUGUCAGUAACUCCUUAACAUCAGCUUCAUAUGCAACACAGGAUGUAAUGGCUUCCCCAUCAUGGAAUGAACUUCCCAAAAUUGUUAUAGUUCAAAGUCCAGACGGCUCUGAAAAUACAUCUGAAUGGUCUGGGUCCAGCUUAUCAAAUUUGUGUCCUUGGUCUGAAACUGAACAUUCUUCUGAACUUGUAGAUUGGUUGCAAGACAACCGCUCCAGUGGAGAUACUCAAAGUGCUUUGGAAGUAGCUUUGGCCUGUGCUGCUACAGUCAUUGGUACUAUUUCAAGCCCACAUGCUUCAGAAAGGCUAAGAAAAGAACAGGAUUCCACAAACUCUCAAAGUAAUAUGAUUUCUAAUGAAGAGUUAGAGAAAAUCUCUUCCCAAAGUGUCAAUAAUUGCCCGUCUGUAGAUUAUUCAUUUCCGUCUGCCCUGUGUGGCAUGACUCAAGUAGCAAGUGCUGUUGCUGUUUGUGGUCUUGGUGAAAAGAAAGAUGAUAAGUAUCCUGCAGCUUCAGGUGGACUCUUAUCUGCUGCUGAGACGUCAGCAGCCAUUACUCUCCAUUGUAGCUUAGCUGUAGGGAGCAGCAUGGAGAAGCUGAACAAUAGCAUUGCACAAGCAUUAUUCAAAGAGGCAUCUUUAGUGUUAACCAAACCUGAAACUUACAGAAAAGUAGGGGACUUUAUGGAAUCUAUAAAUGGGAAAAUUGUUCAGGCUGUGACAAAGCCCUCAGUUUCCCAUUUAGAUGAAAUGAUUGUUGAUGAACUUGCCCAGAACUUGUCCAGUGUUAUUCUGAGACACUCAGUGGAAGAGGUCAGGAAGAAGCAGAUAAAUGCAUGUUCAGAAACAAACAUAGAUCUCAGUAUCCAAGAUGUCUUUAUUGCAACUGCAAACAAGCUGCUUUUUAACGUGCUGUACUUUACGUGUAAGAAAAUGAGUGAUAUUACACAGCUAACUGAAUGUUCAGAUACUUUUGCUGAAGAUAAUUUUAACUGGCAGGUAAAGGAGAGCCAACCAAAAGAGUCAACAAAUGUUCUAUUACAGCAAUCUCCAAACGACUCCAAUAAUAAGCCCUUUAGUAGCUUUUGCGGUAGUAACCCUAACAAUAAUGUUGUGUCUACAACAAACUCAAUGGAAGAUGUCAAAAGGGAAGUUGUGCCAGAUGCCCUGGAAUCUGCCACACUUUGUGCAGUUUCACCACCUAGAGUCAAUGCUCAUAGUUCAUCCUCUGGAAAAACUUCUCCCAAGAAAAGGUAUUUGAAAAGAACAACAAGAGAGUGUUACAAAUCCAUACAUCCCAGUAGCGGUCAUACUAAGAAAGAACUCCGAUCAUUUACCGGCAGAGAAAACACGACCCCAGCCAGUGAAUGCAGACAUGGCAUUCAGGAACAUCAAUCUUCCAACACUGCAUUAAGUACAGAAAGUCAUGAGAAGCACACGUGUGAUACAGCAUGGCACAAUGAAACUGAGCUCAGUGUCUCCUUAUUGGGUAAUCAGGGUUUGCUGUCUUCCCAACCUCUGCUACAGCUGAAGCACCCAACAGAUAAAUACUGCAUAACAGAUUUUGCAGAGGAAUUGGCAGAGACGGUGGUCUCUAUGGCAACAGAAAUUGCUGCCAUUUGCCUUGACAAUUCCAGUGGCAAGCAACCCUGGUUCUGUGCAUGGAAAAGAGGAAAUGAAUAUUUGAUACCCCAAGCUUUGUCAUCCCGAACCAUCAAAAGGAAGAAGGAAACACAGUCUAAUGGAUCAGUUGUGAGAAAACAUAGGCCACCUAGGCUUAGUGAGAUCAAGAGAAAAACUGAUGAGCAUCCCGAGCUAAAAGAAAGGCUUAUGAAUAGGGUAGUGGAUGAAUCCAUUAAUCUUGAUGACACACCAGAUUCCAGCAAUAGCUUUGCCAGUGAAGUAGCUGCUAAAAUUGUGAACUUAGCCGAACUCUCUGUGGCUGAUAAUGUGUUGCAAAGUCCAAACCAUCCUCGAAAUAGACUACACUGUGACAGGUGGAGCAGAGUCAACGCAUCUAGCUGUGAAAGCAUUCCUGAGGAGGACUCUGACUCCAAAGGGUCUGCAAAUACUUUGGGUCUCAUGAGCACUUUAGGGCAGCCAAUCAGCAGGACUAGCUCAGUCUCCAAACAGUCCAGCUGUGAGAGCAUUACUGAUGAGUUUUCAAGGUUUAUGGUCAACCAAAUGGAAAAUGAAGGUCGAGAGUUUGAUUUACUACUUGACUACUAUGCUGGGAAAAAUGCAAAUAACAUCUUAACUUGUGCACUGCAACAAGUUGCCAAGAAAAAUGGUCACCUCAAUGUGAGGCCAAGUUGCCCAUCCAAACAGUCAAGCACAGAAAGUAUAACAGAAGAAUUUUAUAGAUAUAUGCUAAGGGAAAUCGAAAAGGAAAAUAGAGAAAAUGUGUCUUCUGCUAGGAGUGCCAAGGACUGGAGUAGCAAUUUAUUACCGCCUUCCCAACGCUCACCUUUUUGUUUUAGGCAGUCCUCUAUGCCUGAUAGCAGAACCUCAGUGUCUAGGCUAACAGUGAAUGUGCCCAUCAAAGCAAAUUCUUUAGAUGGCUUCUCUCGCAAUGGCCACCAGGAUUCUUUAAGUGUGCAGCCAGUCAGCACAGCAUCCUGUUCAGGGCUUUGCAAAUCAGACUCUUACCUGUACCAAAGAUGUAGGACUGACCAGGUAACUGACAUGCUGAUUCAUGAGACAUGGGCAAACUCCAUCAAAGCUCUCAUGUGCAAGAACAAAAUAAUAGUAGAUGAUGAGGAUGUUACUGAGCCCGAGCAGCAUCCUCAUGACUCACCACCACAUGUUCAACAGUAUGCAAACAGGCUAGCUGCAAAUAUUGUUGAAAGUGGGAAGACUUUAAUGGCUAACCACCAAGAUUCUACAGAUAAAGACCUUGCAGCAGAAAGCAGCUGUGUUUCAAUAGGGAUGCAAAAUAACUGUAAACCAAUAGUAGAUAGACUAGAAAUAGAUGUGAAAAAACAUCAUUCUGCAGCCCCUGGAUUGUUUCUUACAAACCAUACCAGCUCUUCUGUAUGCCUAAGGGAAGUGCCUUUAAUUCAGAUAGAAACUGAUCAAAGAGAAAACCUCGGCAAAAGCACAGAACCAUUAAUUGAAGUUAAUGUGGCCUCUGGGGAAACGAGGGAGCAUCUCGGCAAAGAAAAAAGUACAGAAGCCGAUUCAGGAAGACACCUGGAUUCCUCAACAAAGAACAGUGGCCCUGAGUCUGAAACCUCCAUGGAUGCCAAAGCAAUAGAAGAGUUUCCGGUCCCUCUUAGCAGCAGUGAUGAAAGCACAGGUAGCAGCUGGUGUCAGCUAGCAAAUGAUGAGGACAAUCCUGAGGAUACAAGCAGCUACUUGCAACUCAGUGAGAGAUCAAUGAGCAAUGGCAACAGCAGUACCACUAGCAGUCUUGGCAUUAUGGACCUGGAAAUUUAUCAGGAAAACAUGCAGUCUUCUCAUACAAUUAAUGAAUUAGUAGAAGAAAAUACAUUCCACAACAAAAAGCCAGAAAAGGUAGAAGAAUGUACUUCUAGCUUCUCCGUGGGAACAGCCAAUGGGCAAAAGGAUCUCCUGGUGAUCAACUUUGACCUGGAACCAGAGUGUCCAGACACAGAACUGCGUACCACACUUCAGUGGAUAGCUGCAUCAGAGCUUGGGAUCCCCAUGAUUUAUUUCAAGAAAUCUCAGGAAGAUAGAAUUGAAAAGUUUUUAGAUGUUGUGCAGCUUGUCCAUGAGAAAUCCUGGAAAGUGGGCGAUAUCUUUCAUGCUGUGGUUCAAUUCUGCAAGCUCCAUGAAGAAAGCAGAGAGUUGACCCCAAGCCUGUUUGACUGGCUUCUCGAGUUGGGAUAAGAAACUUAAUUACACUUGUUUUCAUUUUUUAUUCCAUUUUAAGUGGCAGUGAUUUGUGAGUGGCCCUCUUUUUCAAAACAUCAGCACAUAAAACUGAGCAGAAAUGCACAAGCUCUGCCAAUGCACCACGAGUCUGUUGCAAAGCUGUGCACAGUAAAGAAAGGGAGAGGGGGAAAAGGAAGGUCGACCAAGAGUAUGCAGUUGUAUCACAUGAGGGACCUUGCGUCUGUGAACGUACUUUGUAGGAGAACAGGAGUGUGUGCAUUUUAAAUGCACUAACAUUUGUGGAAGCUGGAGGAAAAAGUAAUCUGUUUCCCAUAAUCAAAGAUACAUAUAUUUCUGUCGGCUAUGCGUAUUGACUGACAGUGAAACCACAUAGUAACAAAGGUAAUUUGAAGGGAAAAGAGACCUUAGCAUUUGUAGUUUGGCUACACUAGUGGUUUGCAGAAUGCUAGCCAAAUGAAUAUGUAGGAGGAUAUGUGUCUCAAUUAAUUCUGUGUAAUUAUGUUUUCAAAUUACUCUAGAGGAACAGAAAGAUGAGUCUGAGCUCUUGAACUGUGUCACAAAGAAGCGGCAUUCGCAAGCUGUGGAAAUUGCUUUUUAAAAGCCCGUAACCAUUCAGCUGGCAUAUGUGUUCUGAACUAAAAUUCAGGUUGACAUAUUUUCAUGUAGGUCUUUAAAACUCCUGUCAUUGUUGGGUUUUCCCCUGCAGGUUUUAGAAGCUCUGUGCUCUAGUGAAUACUGGACUGCUCAUUAACAAAUUUAAGUCCCACAUACAGCUUUACUAGCACCUUACUGUGAGACUGUGGGCAAGCAUUGGCAUUCUAAGCCUCACUUAUUUCAUCUGUAAUAGUGAUUCAUGUCCUUUGUAAAGUUCUUUGCAAUCUCUGAAUAAACAGUUGUUUUUUAAAAGCCGUUACUUCUCAAAUUUUACAAAUUGAUCCUUUGCAUAUUCUCUCAGAUGUUAAGUCCCACUGAGUUCAACAAGACUUAGGGGGUAGAGACACACUCACUGUUCUGCCAUUUCCAGUGCAUCACCACCUCUCUCUUAAAAACAGCGGCACACAACGCUAGUCAGAUCUCACCCCUUUUUACUAUAAAGCCUGGGGGGAACAGCUCGAGUGCUUUUUAAAAACAAUUCGCUUCAGACAGAUUUUGCAACUGAUCAGCAGAUCAACCUGUUGCCCCUCCAAGUGUGUCCAAUCAAAAUGCUUGGCAGUAGGCAACUAGUGUGUUCGCAGCCUUACUCAAAGUAAGUGCUUGUGAUUGAGGCCAUGAAGUACGUUUACAACAGUUUCAUCUUAAAUACUAAACUGAAAUAAACCUAAAAAAAAAUACGUUGUACCUUCACAGAAAAGGCAUGACUAUGAUGGCUUUUUAUUCUAUUUUUAAUUGUUUUUAAAAAGGGGGGGGGACCCACAAACUAGACAGAAGGGUGCCAGAUAGGUAGCAGCAUGUGUUCAAGCUGUCUUAACUAUUCUGUAGAAUUUAAAGAUUGCUUCUGAAGAAGGAACUUGGGCUCCACAACAUUUUGAGCUAUAAUGACAAGUUUCACCUUUUUGCAUUCUUCUGCUUUUUAUACUAACAGAAACACAAUUAUUAACACUUUAAAACUAUAACGUCUCAUUUAAAUGUUUGGGGGCAUAUGGUAGUUCUUUUUACUGCAGAAAAACUAGCCUGUUUGUCAGCAUACAGCCCCAAUACCUUGAUUUUCAGAUGACUAGCUGCUUUCACACACCCAUACUUAAACAUUUUUUGGCUUCAGCAGAAGAGGCUGCUUUUACUUUAAAGUCAAGAAAGGGAACUGUGUUGCAGUAAAAAUCUUCAGCUCAUUACCUACAAAAUAUCUCUAUUCCAAAUUGCCAAUAUCCCUCUGCUAACAUGUUCAUCGUGCAGAGACUCCAAGCUAUUGAAAUUGCAGGUAUUGUCAUCUGUAUUUUUG